AUGGCUGCCGCUACCUCCCCCAUUCCCAAGCUCGACCGUUAUGUGGUCAUCCACGUGGCGACCACAUGCGAUGAACAUGGUGUCUAUGUGACGAAGGAUUCUGCUGAAGUGAUUGAACUGGGCUGGAUUCUUCUUGAUAGCAAGACGUGUGACGAGCUCUAUCGAGAAAGUGUGCUCGUCAAACCUGUGAACACCCCUAUCACACCGCUUUGCACAAGCCUCACGACUUUGACCUGGGAGCAUGUUCGCAACGCCGGCUCCUUCCGGGAUGCCAUCACACGAUUCGACCAUUUUGCUCAGGAGCACCUUAUAUCCAAGAACCUGGAAUUCUCUUUUGUCACACUAGACGCCUGGGACUUGCGGGUCCAGUUGCCGCGAGAGGCUCGAGACAAAGCAGUCGUCCUACCGGCUUACCUGCAACACUCCCGAACCUUCGACUUGCGCUCAGAAUACGCCCGGUGGCAACAGCACCAUCCAGAGUCCCUGCCAUUUGGGCCCAGCUCUUUAGCAAACAUCUGUGCUGCUCUGGAGGUGGAGCCUGUGCAAUCAUCGGCCCCAAUCAAGCAUAACCUGCCCUUCCAUCUGCAGGCCCUGGCGCCUGCCUCCCCUCGCCGCGCCAUGGAAGAGGCGGUCACCCUUGCCAGGGUUCUGCGAGGGCUAAUUCGGAAGUCUCAGCCCGCGCAUGAACAUCCAGAGGUUCUCACUCGCCCCAUGGACGCGAGAGCCGAUGUCAAUGCCUUUUUGAAAGAACGUAGCAAGGUCCUCCACAUGAACGGCCUGCCGCACGACACCACCCAGUCAGAACUCGAAAGCUGGUUUACUCAGUUUGGAGGCAGGCCAAUCGCCUUCUGGACUUUUCGUACUCCUGAUCAGCAUAAGCCAACGGGUUCAGGUUUCGCCGUGUUCUCUUCCCAUGAAGAGGCCGCGGAAAGUCUCUGUAUGAACGGACGCGCCCUCAAUGAGAAGGCCAUCGAGGUCUCGCCUUCAUCAAGCCGAGUCCUUGAUCGUGCCGCCGACAUUCUCACUCCCUUCCCUCCAAGCAAGAAUCGCCCGCGCCCAGGUGACUGGAACUGUCCUUCCUGUGGCUUUUCCAACUUCCAACGCCGUACCGCUUGCUUCAGGUGUUCCUUCCCAGCUGCGGGCUCCGGAGGCGGCGAUCCUUUCGGCUACAAUGCUUACGGUUAUGGUCCCGGUCCCCAUAUGAUGGGCCAUCCUCCUCACAUGGGACAUCACGGGCAUGGUAUGGGCCAUCACGGGCGAGGCGGAGCUGGCGUCGUCCCUUUCCGUGCUGGCGACUGGCGCUGCGGCGCAGAAGGAUGCUCAUACCACAAUUUCGCCAAAAACGUCAACUGCCUGCGUUGCGGUGCUCCUCGUUCUGGCGCUGCCGUCGUGGUCGACUCGUCUUAUCCGUCUCCGAUGGGCCCUCCUUCUGAAUUUGGUGGAAUGGCCAACAACCCUGGCCCGGCUCCUUACGGUGCGGGUGCUCCUGCCUUUGGGUCUGCUGCUGCCUUCGCUCAACCUGCACCAAGUCAGUACGGAAUGCCCACCGGAUUGGGCGGUCCUGGAGCAGCGUUCCCCCAGAUGGGCGGUAUGACUCCCAGCUAUGCGUCCAGCAAUAUGUCACAUUCGUCUUUCGGACCUGCAGCUCAGGCUGCUUUCAGUGGCGCGGCUGACACCACUGCCCACGGCAACAUGCCACAGAAUGGCUUCUACGGCAAUGAAUCCAACAACGACCCAUUCGCAUUCCUCUCCGCCGGUCUCGGCAAUCUUAGUGUAGGAGACGAAAACCAACCCCCUCGUCGCAAUGGCGGCCCCCAGAGUGCCAAAAGUCCGGCUUAG